AGGCGCUGCAGGAGCCCGGAAGAGUUGGAAAUGAUGAUGAUGAUGAUGCUGAUGAUGAUGAUGAUGGGCAGCAGAAGCAACCCGAGAUUGAAGGAGAAACACAAGGUUCACGUUGCAGCCACACUUUGUUGGUUCUCUGCGACAUCUGUGCGCGUCUAACACUCAUAGGAGACAAGGAAAGCAAAGGAAAGAUCACCUUCUCUUCAUUUUUUUUUUGAAGCUGGGGUGGCGAGGCUACAUGCUGUCUGAGCGUGGAUGUGUGGGUGUCCAGAGAUGGAGAGCUAUGAGGAGUUCUGUCUGCGGAGUUUGGCCUUACUGCAGGAGGAGGGGAAAUUCAAGAAGACCUCAUGUGAGCCACUGUGGUCCCUGAAGGCUCUCUCUGUCAUCUGCUUCCAUGGAAGAGCCGUGCUCUCGCCUCUGCUGAGUGCAGAGCAGCGCAGUGAGAUGUGUGACCACAGACGGAGGGCGGUCCAGCUGGAGGUGGACAGGCAGAACCAGCAGAGGAACAACCUUAUGACCCGGGUUCAGGACAUACUGGAGCAAGCUCAGGAACAAAAAGUACCAAGUGAAGAUGCUGAAAAGCUGCCAGUUUCUAAAUCCGCGACAGUCAGUGGCUACACCCUGGUCACGGACUCUCCAGGACUUCCCAGAGACCCUGGGUUUGGGCUUCAGACAAAUGAUCAGCCACGCUCUGAGACCCCCAUCCUCAACGGCUACAAGGCAGUGGAGGAAGUGAUGGUGGAGAGGGAAGAGAAGAGCGCGGAGGAAGAGGAGGAAGAGGAGGAGGAGGAGGAGGAGGAGGACAUCAGUUUGGACAGCCUUCUGAAGAGAUCAAGGGAAUAUGUGAAGAGAGAGCAGGGGUCAAAAGUUAUCCACACGGUCACCAGGACUCCUCCGCCGGAGACAGUCUUUGACAAGGAGAAUAAGAGCUGCAGUUCCAGGAGGGAUUCAGGCGUUGAGUUUGGAUUCAGUCUGCACCAUAGCCCUAUUGGACCACCUCAGACCCAAAUCCAGCAGCAGACUCUUUACGACCCCAGUCCCCAACAGUGUGGCUGCCUCUCACCUAGUCUACCUGACCGGUAUGCUCGUCUCCCCAGUCCAGAGUCCAGCAUUAUUCCUCGUGCACAGAGACGCAGACCACGUCCAGUUUCUACAGGGAACAUCCAUAUUUCGUUUCCCAUCGGCCCGACAGACCUUAUCCCCCGAAGCCCAGGAAGGUCAGGGGAAGGUGCUGGCAUGGCAGAUUGGGGAGAAGCACUCUUAGGCGCCCCAGAUCACUGGGGCUCGAUGGGGAGUGAAGGCGGUGGCGGCGGCGUUAGCGGUGACAACCGUCGUUCCAGCCACUGUGGUACCAGUACAGUGCAGGAGACCUGCAGCCCCGUCAGUGCCUCGGGGCUUAGCCCGAUGGGACACCACGACCACCUGGCUGCAGGAUUUCGCAGGCGCUGCCACACCCUGGACAGCCAGCUGCACGGCUGCCACUCUGGAGUUAAGCACAUAGACCGCAGCCAGGAAAGGGUUCCUCGCUUCAUGGCAGGAUCGACAUGGAUGGCUCAGAAUUGGCGCACCCCUGCAGCCCCUUUAAACCAGUCGUAUGACGUAGAUAUUCCCUCACCAUCUCUGCUGAGGCCCCGCAUGACUCCUGACUUGGCUCAGGUGACACUCAGGAUGGAGCCCGAUGACCCUCAGGGGACAAACAACGGAAGGAUCACACCAACUGUCCUCAGAAAUGCAGCUGAGGCACAAGCCAGCAAGACAGAGGAGACCCAGAGGCGAGCACAGGCUCUGGAGGACAUGCAAAGGCGUCUGGAGGAGGAGCACGCCUUACAGAUGUCGCUGCUCCUGGCUGAGCAGGAGAAAGAGCAACAGCGCCUCCGUCUGGAGCUUGAGGAGACAGAGAGAAGACUGAAGGAGCAGCAGCCAAUGAGUUGGGAUGCUUGUGGGUGGAAUUGCAGGUCUGUGAGUGACAGCCGUCCUGUUGUGAGCCCCUCCUGCCCAGGACUGAGCCCCGCCCACACACCAUCUGAGCGAUCACCUGGACACAGUAUAGGUUUUCCCAGUCCUGUAAGCUCCGGUGUGUCAUCUCCCUCUGUCCAGCCUCCCGUCUAUCUGUGGGGGCCCACAUGGGCAGUUAGCAAACCUCGAGCGAGGCUAAGUUUGGUUCUGACAGCAGCGCAGCAGAGAGCGUUCUGUCGAAUUGGCGCCAUCAUUCGCGGCUUCCUCACUCGCAGGCUGCUCAAAACAGAGAAGGUCAAGCACCUUCGCCAGACCAUCAUGGAUACGCAGGAGUUCAUCCGUUCAUUCAAGACUGAAGCUCCACAGAAGAAAGGCCCCUGCUCAGCACAAGAUCGCUCCCUGCAGGAGAGAGUUAGAGCCCAGUUACGCGCAGCCCUUUUUGACGUCCACGACAUCUUCUUUGAAAUGCCUCUGGGGGAUCGGUUAGCGUUGCUGCAGCAGGACCGGGAGCUCCGAGCGGAGAGGAAGCUGCGAGACAUGGAAAAAGCCAAGGGCCCCAAGGAGAGAGUGGUUCUGUCUGCUGCCACACAGAGGUCUCUGGACAGGAAAAAGAGGGUCGGUGAAUCCCCAGCUCAGGCUAGGAAGAUGCAGCAGAAGCCAAAGAGCCCCACCACUAACAGAGUCCUGAAGCCAAGCCAAGGCCAAAAUUCUCCUGUUCCAGGCCAGCUGAACCGCCAGGGGAGCUGGUACAGAAAGACCCCGGAGGAGAGAGUGAGGCGGUCUGACAGCCUGAAGAAGCAGCACUCUCUGGGUUAACAGGUGACUCAACGUCCCCUGACCUGUGUGAACUUGAAUUUUUAGUCUUUGAAUACAAACCUCGCACCACUGAAACGCCAGUCUACGCUGCUAAUACGAUUGUCCAAUCUAUCUUCUGAAAUUCAAAUGAUUGUAUUCACUACCACGCUUUAGCUCGUCGAUAGACAUCAUCACAAUGUCUUUGUUUCAGCUUGUUACUGUGUGUGGAGUAUUUAAUGAACAUAUUGAACAUUGUACAUUUUAAAGAAGAAAAAAAAGUAUCUGUACUUAAAUGCAAGCUAGAAGAAGGUCAGAGUUAAAAGGAAAUAAGUCAACAUUUGUUAUCUGUGCCUCAGAACUAUGCCUUUGCUAUCUGUAACAUUUUAGCAUGCUUAUAUUUACCAGUUCAACAUCUAAUGCUUAUAGCUAUAAGUGAAUUUACAAACAUCGGUCACGUAGUUUCCAUAAAAAAAGAGUAUUUAAGUGCUUUGUUCAAGGGCUUUGAGUAUCCGUUUGUGCUUUGUUACUUUUAUUAAAUGGUGCUGAUUUUACAGUAAUCGGAGACAUUUCACCGUGUUUCAACAUUUGGCUUAAAUCAAUGCCAAAUGAAAAAAAAAAAUCUAAAUGUAUUUGUUUACACACUGUUACCUUAAAGUAGCUUCACAUAACAGGAGAUGCACAGCAGACACUGAGUUAAAGUAAAUUAUUGAGAACAUGUCAAGCAAAGGGUCAGACUCUGCAUUAAACAAUAUAGAUGUGAACAUAUUAUCUAAACUCAUGUUAAGGAAUACACCCACUUGUUCACUGCUAUACCACGUUGAUUUUAUACAUCUGCGUCAGUAGUAUUCAGUGUGUUGAUGUUUGCAGACGUUGCUGUGCGCUCUUUUAAAAAAUGUUUUUUUUUAUUUAAAAUGCUAAAUUGUCAUGUUUUCUAUGACUAGAAAUAAAUUCUGAAAUUAUUUGAA